CGUGUCUCUUUGCAAUAUGGAGCGCGGAAUGUCAGAGAGGUGUUGUGUGUUGUGGAUUUUGUAAAUACCGUCAAUGUUUUAUGAUAAGUGCUCUUAUAAGGGUGGAAGAGCUCCAGAAAGAUGGGGAAGUUAUUGUCGAAAAUAUUCGGUAACAAGGAGAUGAGGAUUUUGAUGUUGGGUUUGGAUGCUGCUGGAAAGACCACUAUACUGUAUAAAUUAAAACUAGGCCAAUCAGUGACAACAAUACCGACUGUGGGAUUCAAUGUGGAGACGGUGACGUACAAAAACGUGAAGUUCAACGUGUGGGACGUGGGAGGGCAGGACAAAAUCCGGCCGCUGUGGCGCCAUUACUACACGGGAACGCAGGGUCUGAUUUUCGUCGUGGACUGCGCAGACCGAGACCGAAUUGACGAGGCGCGCCAGGAGCUGCACAGGAUUAUCAACGAUAGGGAAAUGCGGGACGCAAUAAUACUCAUAUUCGCCAACAAGCAGGAUUUGCCGGAAGCGAUGAAGCCGCACGAGAUUCAGGAAAAAUUGGGCUUGACCCGCAUCAGGGACCGCAACUGGUACGUCCAGCCGGCGUGCGCGACCACCGGCGACGGGCUCUACGAAGGACUGACAUGGCUGACGAGCAACCACAAAUUAUAGCACCCCGGUCAAUCACAGGUGCAAACUUUUACUACGUGACUGCUGCCCGAUUGGCCAUUAUUCUUUCAUUUUGUUUACAUUAAGGGUGACCGCUGUACACAACCAAUAUUCAAUCACCCUGUAUAAACUAUGCAACCUGAUUUGUACACUGCCCGAUUGCAAUACCAUAGUUUUAUCGUUGAAAAUGUUUAGGGUCGAGUUUUAUGCCAUAUUCAUACAAACGCACAUUGUGACAUUGAAUUUAAAUUGACAAACAUGACCUUGAAAAUUUGUAACCUAAAACCGUCAGGGUCGCCCAAAUCACAGAUACAGUGUCAAUUGGCGCAUUUUAGCCAUUUUAACGCCAAUAUUUUCCGUUAUGCCUUAGACAUUAAUUAUUAUUUUUAUGCCUGAAAACCAAACAAUUGACUCUGUAUCCACGCCACUCAAACCUGUUACAGUUGAAAUUAAAUUUUAACUGACCAUCCAAACAUAAUAAUAAAAUACAUUCCAAUAUUUUGAAUAGCCUAAAUUUCUCUAAAAAAUUGUUAGGAUGAUGCCAAUGUUGUUUGUGUGGUGCUAAAUAAUUAAAAAAAAAAAUAAGUGAAGUGCUCUGAACAUUAAAAAUGCUCCAUGUGUUUAUUCAUUUUUGGACCAGAAGGGAACCUCAAUACAUUUUGUAAAUAAAUUUAUAAAAAAUAAAUAUAUUGUAAUAAUUUCAUUGUUUAUAUUGUAAAAUAUUGUUGCUGCAUUUAAAUUUAAGUGAGCGUUACUAUUAUUUUUUAUGUACAGGGUAGGUAGGAGACGGAAAUCGUCCAUUAACGAUACAUAGCGAGGCAUGACGGUUUCUAGUCUUUUCAACCUCUUUUACAUCAUAGUCAAUACGUAAACUUGGUUAAUUAUUAAUUUUAGAGUUACUUUAUGAAGUAAUUUAUAUUUAUAUAUAUUUAGAACAAACAAGUCAAUAAGGCCAAGUUUAUUUAUUAACUAAAAAAUAAACAAAACUCCUAUCUCAUAAUUCAACUAACUUUUUUAGAUAUAGACUUUCAUUGCCCAGUAUAUUUAUUUUUCCGAUAAUCGUGAAAAUAGAUUAAGCUUUUUUCACUGUUUAUUGUAAUUUUUUGGCCGAAAAAAAUGCACACAAUUCAAAUCAUUAAAACAACAUAUUUUGAAUUUUGAAGAAACUAGUCCUAAUUUAUAUGGGUAAUGUGCAUUUUUUUAUCGCUAAAACAACGUUUCGUAAGCAUUUUGCAUUGUCCAGUGUAUAUUUAGAUUACUGCAAAUUUUAAAAAAUAUAUAUAAUGCAAUACAAAUUAUUAGACUAUCAAUGUAUAUAUAUUUUAAUUUUUAUGUUCCUUCUUACUGAAUUAUCAUUUGAUUUUUGCUUUACAAACAAAUUAGUAAUUUUUAAAAUGUAAUAAAUAAUAUAGCUCAAUUAAAUCUAUUAUUUAUCUAGAA